CUCGGCUUUCAUGCCGAACCAAUGGCUGUCGAUAAUUUCCCCAAGUUGUGCUCUCGGACGUUGGCAAAGAAAUGCAGUCUACUACUAUUCCUACGACGUUCAACCUUUUUGGAAACAAGGAUAAUUCCUCAGACAAGAAAGAUGCCAGUACAGCCUUACCUGCGGCCGGCCUUUUCGGCGUGAAGCCUGCAACCCCGGCAGCUGCCACGCCUGCAGCAUCAACACUAUCAGCCAACUUGUUUGGUGCAAAGCCCGCCCCUCCCAUAACUACGGCUCCUGCAGCGCCUGUGACCAACCUGUUUGGGGCUAAACCUACAACCACCACCACGCCCACCGCUCCACUAGGGCAAUCAGCCGUUGGGCUGCCUAAGGAAUGCGACAAGCCAAAAGACGCAGCCACCGCUGCCGCCACUUCAGUAGCCGUGCCUCCGCCAUCGGCGCUCAGGGGAAAAACUAUCGAGGAAAUAGUAAACAAGUGGUCAUCUGAACUGGAAGUGCAUGUCCGAGAGUUCAAUAAAUUUGCUGGUGAAGUUGCGGUAUGGGAUAGGGCCUUGAUGGAAAAUGGUAACAAUCUUGCUACUCUCUUUACUCACGUCCAGGCUGUGGAGCGGGAACAAAAUGACAUCGAUCAAGCUCUCGACCACAUUGAGCAACAACAGAAAGAUCUCUCCGCGACACUGGAUGCGUACGAGCGAUCUGCGGAAGAACUUUUUGGAGAAAGCGGCACCUUGCGGGCGCUCGAUACAGGACCUGCUGAUACCGAGCGGGACAAAAAUUAUAUGCUUGCCACAGAGCUGCAUGCCCACCUGGACGAUUUGUCUGGAUCGUUGACGCAGAUGAUUGAUUCGGUCAAUGCGUUAUCUUUACUACCAAAUGGGUCUCAGGGGACUGUUGGCAACGAUGAUCCCAUGAUGCAGAUAUCUCAGAUCUUGAGCAGCCACUUGGAUAGCCUGCAGUGGAUUGAUGGGGCUGUGCGCGAAGUCGAGGGCAAGGUAAAUGAGGUGGAGAGGCGAGUGCGAGAAGCGGGUGGAGUAACCACGGUGCUGGGAAACGGCGCAACAAAGACUAGGGGCUUUGGCUUGAACCGGUGAACUUUACCCCAAUGCUACUACUUACUCUCCGCGGAGAUCCUAUGUGGUGUCCGUCAUGUUCUUGCAAGGUCUCGACAUUAUUCCUGGUUCAUGCAGCGCAAUAAACGUUUUUACGCCUCGUGAACAUCGUGAACAAAUUAUCAUUACUCGAUUGCUACAGGACCUUCGAACAUCAGUAGAGAGCAUGGAGUGCUA